AUGUUGAAGUCUACACUUGACCGGCAGCGAUGUCAGGCUGUCGACGCCAGCAUAAUUUUCCCCAUGCUCAAGUGGGAUACGCGAGCGACAAGGCCACAUGACCGUGAGAGCGCACCUUCGAAACAGUACGAACUCCCUCACCCCCUCCCCCCAUCCGACUCUCCUGCGCUCUUGAGCGCGGGCGCGACACGCACCUACUCGAACAGGCGCGCGCGUGGCAGCUGCCUCCGGAGCGGCACGAGUGGUGGAUCUGACACAACCGCUGAAACCGCUUUUACUGUCCCCCUUCAAAGCGCUGGGACUCGUGUUAAGUGUGUCCUGUGCAUGGCAAAGACACGUCCCACCACCGACCCACCAGCUGCCGUCUGUGAAGUAUUCAAGGACGGGCAGUUCAGGGACCCGGCAUGCGAUGUCAAAAAGCACACCCAGGCAGUCAUUCACUUUCCCCUGGCUCAACUUAAUUCCACGUUCAUAAUAAUUACUGGACUUUUAUGGGACGUGGGUGUGCCAAGCACCCUUCAAUACGCCCUCGGUAUCGACCACGUGGAAACGUACAAAUGCAAACGUUUGUAA